AUGCCACCAAAAGCCGUCAGAGGUCGCGGGGGAGGCGGACGAGGAGGAUCAUCUGGCCCCGCUUCUUCCCUCCCAGAGAAUCAGUCAAGUAUGGCUGGAUCUCCAACCCUCAAAAUCGAACCAGGUACUACCGGAAUCCCCGAGAAUGGCCAAAGUGCUAUGGAUUUGGAUCCCAUUAAUUCCCCCGCAACUCAACCGACUGAGACACCUGCUUCGACACCGAAUCGCCCCGCCUCAUCUUCGCAGACACGCGCCGCAGAUGGCUCAAGUGGUAGUGGGACGAGGGGUGGUACAAGGGGGAGAGGCAAGGAAAGCAAAUUCAAGCCAAAGAAUGUGCGUCGGACUGCAGAUGAAUUGAAGGCUUUAGCGGACCAGGAAAGCAAACGGCUGGCUGCGCUUGCAGCAACUGCUGCAAGAGCGAGGGCUAGAGGAAAUGCAUUCAGAGGACGGGGCAGAGGCGAUGCAAUGGGUAGAGGUCGAGGGACGGUUCGCGGGGUUGCCAGCGGUCCUUUCGCCGUUGCGCCUGAGAUGAGCAAGAGACCAGGAAUGUUCGCACCUGGCAGCGGGAUAAAGCGCGAAGGUGGAGGGGGCGGCGGGGGAUUCACAGUAACCUCAGGUUCAAAAUCCCAGAACGGAAGUAUACCAGGUGUACGGUUUGGCACCGGCUCUGGAAGCAACCCAUAUGUCAUAGCCGACCCGCAAUACCCCGACGAAGACGAAGACGUACCGCGCAUAGAUAUAGAGCAGAUCAAUCUUAUCUCUGACGAUGAGGACGAACAAGUCGCUUCUGAUACCAAAGGCAAGGGAAAAGCUAUAGCCGGUUCUGCCAAAGGUGGCCUCAAGCCCGUUAGAUUAUAUCGACAGGAGCACAAGGAGCGCAAGUCACAAGUCACCAGUGGGCCUUCAGAGGACCCAUCUACUGAAAACAAAUCCGAUUCAGAUACAGUCUUGGCUGACGAAGGUGCAACACUCCCUGCCCCCCCAACGGAGGAGAAAAGAUUCAAAGGCGUCUACCAGGACGACGAUGAUGAAGUGCGAAUCAAAGACGAACCUGUCGAGCCUGCGGAGAUGAUCAACCGAUUACAUUCUCCUGAGCCCAACCUCGAAGCGUCAAGUUCAUCAGCGCCCGACUUCAAGCAAACAAUUGAUGAGCUCGGCACCGAUGUGGUGGUAAAGAAAAACGAGCCCGAGUCCCCGAACCAGCUGAGGAAGAAAGCUCCUAGCAAGAAGAAGGGAAACAAGUUCGUUAUUCAGACCGAAGAAGAUCGCGCAGAGUGGGAGCGCCAUCUUGAGGACCUGGCUAUCUUAACAGAGGAGUUGGGAGGCAUGCUAGGCCCCUCCACGGAGAAAGGAAAGGAGAAGGAUGCAGAAGGCGACAUCGAUAUGGAUGCUGAGAAGCCAGUCGAUAGGAAGGAAGGCCGUCUCUACCUCUUCCAAUUCCCGCCAGUCAUGCCGAAGCUCUACAACCCGGCCAAGGAUCCAAAACCUAUAGUGACGGGAGAAAAGAAGGCAGAAGGUGAUGUUGAGCUCACGGGUUCCGCAGACAAGAAUGCCGUUGAUUUGACGAAAGAUGUGAAGGUGGAGGGGGAGGAGAUCAUAAUCAAAAAGGAGGACGAGGAACCAACGAACAAGAAGGGCAGAGAAAGGCUGGCCGACGAAGAAGGCUUCGUGGGCAAGCUGAUUGUGCGAGAAUCAGGACGUGUGGAGUUAGAUUGGGGUGGUAGCCGCAUGUUAGUAGGACGUGGGAUUGAGACCAGCUUUUUGACUAUGGGUGUUCUUGUCGAUUCGAAAGGUUGCCUCGAUAAGGAUGGCAAGAGUACGGGUGAGGGUACCGCGACGGGUAUGGGCCAGAUCAUGGGCAAGCUGGUGGUUACGCCAGACUGGGAGAGCAUGACGGAAGACCUGGAGCGGCAGCAGAAGUUUGAGCGGCGCCAGAAGCGCGAGAAACACAAAUGA